AUGACAAAACUUUUACAUUAUCUAGAGUACCAGAUACUUGACCACUAUUUCACAGAUAAUAAUAUAUUUGGGUGUCAAGAUCUUGGUAGUGCUCAACCAGAGUAUUUUGGCAAUAAUGGUUGUCCUGUAAAGUCAACGUCAAUCUCAAAGUCUAUGUCUACAUUACUAUACACCCCAUACAAUAGAGUAGAAGUAUUUAAUUUAAACGUGGUUUGCAAGAGAUGGUUUGGUCAUUUAUUAAAGCUUUUAAAUGAUUGUCAUUAUAACCAUCUAUUCGGAAUCACUCCUAAUCCCCUUGUACACAGCCGUUGGGUAUCUGGAACAUCGAUAUCGACAUUGGAUACGUACAAGACACAUUUACGGUCACCACAAUGUAUCAUUAAAUCAUUGUCAAACUUUAGGUUCAACUUUCAAUCCUAUACUCGCGCAACUUCAAAAUCAAAUGUGGUUAUAGAUAUACUUGGCAAGUUAAAGACUGAUGAAGAUUUGAAAUUGAUAUUUGGUAACUUGCACUCCCUAACGAUCGAUCGUUAUACAAAUGUCGAUACACUCGCACUCGCCGAUGUCCAACCAACCAACAUAUUCGAUUCAGGAUCCCUCGAAUCCAUCCUCCACCAUUCUAGAAACUCAUUGCAAUCAAUCCAAAUCGUUCAAACAUGGGAGACUGUGAAUAAAGUCUUGACAAUAUUACAACAAUUUUUAAAUCCUUCUCCAAUCUUUAAAUCAUCAACCAAAAAUAACAAUAAUAAUAGUAAACAAAAUAACAAUAAUAAUUUAAAAUCAAUUUAUUUGUUUUUAACAAAUACUAUUACUCAUGCAAGUAAAGAAACCAAAGAAUUAGUGUCUGGUCAAUUAUCAAAUAUAUUUUGUCAACUUGAACAUUCAUUAGAAUCUAUAACACUAAGACAUGUGACACCACUUGAUACACAGACACCACAGUUGGCUUCAUCGUUGUUUGGACAUGUAUCUAGUAAUGCGGGUGAUGAGAUUUACCCGAAUCUUGUACACCUCUAUUUGUCGGGUCUAGAUGAUACAACCUUUCAGUAUUCGAAUCUUGACCUCACUCGCUCACCUCCCACAGUCAAUAGUCGAUUAUUGCAAUACCUAUUGACAACCAAAGUCCCAAGAGUAUCAAAUACAAUGACGUUAACCUCCCAAACCAUUGAAAUCAUUACCACCAAUACAAAAGUUUUGGCGUGGACUAUAGAGAUUGAUUUUACCGAUGAAUCUAUUCUCUCUAUACUUCCCUUUACCACUCCAUCACAUAUCACCGAAUUAAAGAUAAUUAUCAGUAAAUCAAUCAAACCACUUCCAAUUGUUAGAUUACCAACAACUGAUAAUAAUUACAAUAAUAGUCCAAUAUGUCCAAUUAGAUUAGAUAACAAUGGUGGUCAAUUAUUAAAACUAUCUUUAGAAUUGUUUGACAUUGAUUGUGAUAAUGGAUUCUUUGGGUUCUAUCAAUUCCAACAAUUGAUUGGUCAAGCCUACAAUAUCAAACUAUUAAGAAUAUCGACCAGACAUACUAGUUGGUGUGAUCACGGUGGAUCACUCUUUAAGACAUUGAUUGACCAUAAUCCUAAUCUUGCAACACUCCAAUUAUCUUCUUUGGAUUGUCAUCCCCCUAUCAUGAUAUCAUAA